AUGGCCGCGCUCGUCGCCGAUGCGAGCCCCGACGACGACCAAAAGCCGCUGGAGAUGUCUCUGAACGUCUACGAGGAUGGCCGCGCGCUGCGCUGCGAGGACGCGCUGGGCCAGACGCUGUCUCAAAAGUGCGAGGAGCCCUGCGGCCCGCGGACGCGCGUCUGCGGCCUCCAGAUCGGCGGCGACGAGUUCUCCUACUUCCACAACGGCAUCGUGCGCUACACGCCGAGCCGCAUGCCCCUCUUCGCCCUCGUGCGGCGCGUGGCGCUCGGCGCCUGCCCCUGCGACCGCGCGUUCGUGGGCGCGACGUUGGACGCGCUCGAGCGCGUCUUCGAGCCCGCGCUCUUCGACUGGCGCGUGCGCAACUCGCGCCACUUCUCGGCGCGCUUCGGCCAGGCGCUCCUCGGCACGCACUCGCCCAAGUGGCUCGACCGCAUGGCCGACGACGGCGCGCUCGUCGGACCGGCCGCGGGCCGGAGCCCGGCGGACGACGGCGCCGCGCGCGACCCGGGCUGCUUCGGCGGCGCGGCGGCGACGAGCGCCUUCUACGCGCCGGCCUACGACGCGGCGCGGCCCGCGCCGGACCUCGAGGAGUGGGCGCGGAGCCUCGGCGGCGAGCCGCCGGACGACGGCGACGACGACUCCCCGAACCUCGAGGCGGACGCGGCCGCGGCGCGCGCGGUCGUCGCCGGGCGCGCCGCGCGGCGGCGGCAGCGCGGCGGCGUCGAGGUCGACGUCAUCCCCGCCGUGGAGGAGAAGGAGGCGCUCGCGGAGCACCUCGUCGCGGGCCAGCUGUCCUCGUUUUUGGAUCGGAGCCUGGACGGGUCGGGGGCGGAGGGGGGGUCGUAA